AUGGAAGCUGGAAAGUGGAGUGAGAAGGAGAGAGAUGUAAUUCCAAGGUCCCACAAAAUGAACGAAGAAAGAAGAAGGAGACGUUCUCGUCUGGACCCAACGGCAAGGUACACGACAUUUUGCAAUCUUCUAAGAACGAAACAGAUCAGCUGCCAGCCAAUGCCCCUGUGGUGGAUGGCUGGAAUGUUGACCAUAGACGCCAUGUCAGGAGGGAGGCCAGAGGCAUUACCAACCAAACACAGCCUUGAAUGA